AUGAGUGAUAAGGAGGAUGAAGAGCCCAGGUACGACGACGACGACGAAGAGGAGGAGGACAUCAUGGAGGACGAUGAUGGCGAUGAAGAAAACGGCGGCGGCGGACGACGAGCGCCGUCCAACUCUUCAGCGGUCGCCUUGAACAUCGCCAGCGCCGUCCUCUUUGGCAACAUCGACAACGAGGGCCGCCUGACUGAUGACUUUCUCGAUGAGGAGUCCAAGCGACAUCUCGGCUCUCUUCAGCAGCACCUCAACGAAAUUGUGCCCAUGGAGAACAUCAUCGAGCGGGGCGGCGACGACUCGGCGGAAAGUAGAAGUCGAAGAGGAGAUGGUGGUGGUGAAGAAGGUGAUGACGGCAAGGAGGAUGAUCAGGACAGUGCGAACUCUCCUGAUGAUAACUAUGACUACAACAACAAGAACGCAGAGGCGGUCGACUACUCGGACCUGAAUGAGUUCAUCGACGAGGAGGCGGAAAAGUCGGUGCUCGAGGAUUUCAACCGUCAGAGCAAACUGUCCUCUAAUGGCUACGCCGAAGAGGACGACGACUACGAUCAGAUGGACGUUGAUAGCUCAGCAGCAGCUCCGACUCCAGCACAGCCACCGCCAUCAUCAGCAGAGCCACCAUCAUCGUCGGCGUCUCCUGAAAAGGACAAGGACGGCUUCGCCAUUCCAAAGACGCCUAUACUGCGAACCACUGCUUCAGCUUCAACUUCAUCCACCGCUGAAAGCGGCGACAAAUCAACGGCGGAGUUGAUUGAAGCAGCAGCAGCAGCAGCUGCCGCCGCCGAGAGCAAGAAGCGCCUCGACACGCCACUGGCCGCCAUGCUGCCCUCAAAGUACGCCGACAUGGACGUCACCGAGCUCUUUCCCGAGUUUCGCCACAAUCAGGUGCUGCGCUUCUCGCGCCUCUUUGGCCCCGGCAAGUCGAGCAGUCAGCCGCAGAUCUGGCGCGGCGUUCGGAACCGCCGCAAGGGCAGUCGGCCGAAUAUUUUCGACGCAAACACCACUUCCUCCACUACCAACAACAGCAGCAGCAAUCAACAGCAGCAGCAGCCCAACUCGGUGGCCUUUCUCCUCGAGAAGGAGUGGACCUUUGACGUGCUCCCGCCGGAGGCGCUGCCCCCGGAGAUGGUCGAGCUGGACGACGAGCGACGCCUGCUGGAGGGCGACUUUCCCGACCCGUACGGCCGGCCGGACACGGCGGAGGAGGAGGACUGCACCGGCGUGGCCGAGUGGCGGUACGGGCCGGCGCAGAUCUGGUACGACAUGCUGAAGGUGCCCGAGAAUGGCAAGGGCUUCGACUACGGCUUCAAGCUGAAGAAUGGCGGCGACCGGGGGCAGGAGGAUAAAGGGGUGGAGCAGCAGCAGCAGACGGACCUGCUCGCCGAGGAGCGAGAGCGCGGCGGUGGCGGCUUCCGCGGGCUGAACGACCCCGACGACGCCUUUCACAUGGUGACGCAGAUGCAGUGGGAGAAUGAGGUGAUCUGGAAUGCAGAUGAGUCGCGGGCGAAGAUUCUCGCCAAGCUGAACGACAAGCACCUCGCCUCGGGGUGGCUGCCCUCGGGUCACAAUCGGACGGCCACCGCCUUCAAUGCAAACCUCAAGACGGGGGGUGGUGGCGGCGGGGCCGGUACCAGCGGGAACGCCCAGGCCAACGCUGCUUCAGGUGGCGGCGGCGGCAGCAGCAAGACGGCCAUUCCCGCCGGGUUGAAAAAGUCGACUGAUAAGGGCGGCGGCGGAAAAAGCUCUUCUGCCGCUGCCGAUGGCGACGGGAAGGAGGAGGCCACCUGGUUCAGCAUCUUCCCCAUUGAGAAUGAGGAGCUGGUGUACCGCCUGUGGGAGGACGACAUCAUCUGGGACGCCUCGGCGAUGGAGCGCAUUCCACCGCCCCGGGUGCUCACCCUCGACCGCAACGACGAGAACAUCAUCCUCGAGGUGCCCGACGACCAGACUGGAGGCUCCACCAUUUCCGGUGCCCACCACCACCACGACCAUAGAGCCUCCUCGAAGAAGGAGAAGCCCGAGGGCGGCAUUCGCAAGUCGCGCCUGCUGCUGGGCAAGGCGGGCGUCAUUGCGGAGCCGGAGCUGGCCGCCCCGGCCUCCCCGCAGACCGGCCACCGCGACCCCUUCAACAUCAGCAAUGACGACCACUACAGUCAGAAGACGACCACCGACGCGGCCAUCAAAACGCACACCGGCAACCUCAUUCAGCACUCGAUUCCGGCGCUGGAGCUCCGCCAACCGUUCUUCCCCACCUUCCUCAACUACCAGCGCCUGCGGGCGUUUCACCGGCCGGCGCUGAAGCGAUACUCGCACGGGGCAAUCGCCGAUGCGCUGCCGCACGGCGUCGGCCCCCUGGUGAAGCACAUCAAGUGGAAGGCGAAGAAUCGGGAGCAGGAGAGGGUGGCCAGCGGCGGCGGGGAGAUGUUCUUCAUGCGCACGCCGGAGGACCUGACGGGGAAGGACGGCGAGCUGGUGCUGGUCGAGUACAGCGAGGAGUUUCCGCCCCUGGUGGCGCAGGUGGGCAUGGCCUCCAAGAUUAAGAACUACUAUAAGAGGAAACCCGGCAAGGACACCGGCGCCCCCUCCUACCGCUACGGCGAGACCGUCUACUGCCACCAGUCGCCCUUCCUCGGCAACCUCCAGCCGGCGCAGUCGCUGCAGGCGCUGGAAAAUAACCUCAUGCGGGCGCCCAUCUACGAGCACGCCAUGCCGGAGACCGAUUUCCUCGUGAUCCGCACCCGGGACCACUACUGGAUCCGCGAGGUGGAGCACAUCUACACGGUGGGCCAGGAGCUGCCGCUGUUUGAAGUGCCGGGCCCCAAUUCAAAGAAAGCGAACAACUUUAUCCGCGACUUCCUCCAGGUCUUCAUCUACCGCCUCUUCUGGAAAAGCACCGACGCGCCGAAGCGCAUCAAGAUGGAGGACAUCAAGAAGGCCUUUCCGGCGCACUCUGAGUCGAGCAUUCGCAAGCGACUGAAGCAGUGCGCCGACUUUAAGCGCACCGGCAUGGACUCCAAUUGGUGGGUACUGAAGGCGGACUUUCGCCUGCCCAGCGAGGACGAGAUCCGGGCGAUGGUCUCCCCGGAGGCCUGCUGCGCCUACUACAGCAUGCUCAGCGCCGAGCAGCGCCUGAAGGACGCCGGCUACGGGGAGAAGUCGAUGUUCGCCCCCGACGACGCCGAGGACGAGGACAUGGCGGUGAAGAUGGAGGACGAGGUGAAGGCCGCCCCCUGGAACACCAGCCGCGCCUUCAUCUCCGCCAUGAAGGGCAAGUGCCUGCUGCAGCUGACCGGCGUCGCCGACCCCACAGGCUGCGGCGAGGGUUUCAGCUACGUGCGCAUCCCCAAUAAGCCCACGCAGAACAAGGAGGAGGCGGCGGCGCACAAGGAGGCGCUGCCGAAGAAGACGGUCACGGGCACGGACGCCGAUCUGCGCCGCCUGCCGCUGGUCGCCGCGAAGAACCUCCUCCGCAAGUUUGGCGUUCCCGACGAGGAAAUCAAGAAGCUCAGUCGGUGGGAGGUGAUUGACGUCGUGCGGACGCUGUCCACGAAGCAGGCGAAGCAGGCCAGCGACGAGGUGGGCGGCGCCGGGGAGGACGAGGCGAUGAGCAAGUUUGCCCGCGGCAACCGCUUCAGCAUCGCCGAGCACCAGGAGCGCUACAAGGAGGAGUGCCAGCGCAUCUUUGACCUGCAGAAUCGGGUGCUGGCCAGCACGGAGGACCUCAGCACGGACGAGGACGAGUCGGAGGAGGAGGAGGACUCUGAGAUUGAGGAGCUGGGGAAGAACAUCGAGUCGAUGCUGGCCAAUAAGAAGACGGCCAAUCAGAUCAGCGCCGACCGAGAGGAGGAGGAACGGCGGGAGCUGAAGAAGAUGAUGCUCUGCGAGGACUCCAAUGACGGGCCGCCUAGUCGAGGUGGCAGCGGCGGCCUCGGCGACUCGGGAAUGGACGGCGACGGGCUGGGGCUAAACGCCACCGGCGGCCGCAUCCUCAAGAUCCACCGGACGUACACCAACGCGGAGACGGGCAAGGAGUACGUUCGCAUUGAGACGGUCCGCAAGUCGGCGGUGAUUGACACGUACGUGCGCAUUCGGAACACCAAGGAUGACGCCUUCAUCAAGCAGUUCGCCUCGGCCAUGGACGAGGCGCAGAAGGAGGAGAAGCGCAAGGAGAAGCGCCGUAUUCAGGAGCAGAUGCGGCGGAUGAAACGCAACAAGGAGAAGGAGAAGCUGGCCAACUCGCUGAGGACGCAGGUCGGGCUGGGGCCGCUGAUGGGGCCUUCUACCUCGAGUAUGAUUGGCAGCGAUGGCAGCUACCUCGGCAGCGGUGGGGGCAACUUUUCGGCCAUUUCUGCUGCGGCGGCUGCCUCUCAAAACUCAAACUCGGCCUUUAACUUUGGUGGAAGUAACCUCGGAAGUGCUGGUGGCUUUGACCUGCUGGGACAAGGAGGAAACCUCACCGGUGGUGGCCCCUUCUCCACUCUCUCCGCCGACUCCUCCGCUUCAGUGGCUGGCCCCAGCGGCAGCAGCUUUGGCCUGUUUGGCAACCUGGGCGGAAGUGCUGCUUCCGCCGCCGCCUCCUCCUCUUCAAUGGCAGGCGCGGACAAUUUCGCCAGGGAGCUGAACGCCAAGAAGAGCAAGGCGGCGGAGCGUCGGGCGGAGAAGGAGAGCAACCUGAAGAUGAAGUGCGGCGCCUGCGGCGGUGUCGGCCACAUGCGCACCAAUCGCACCUGUCCGCUGUACCGCUCCGACUCGCUGGGCGGAGGCGGUGGGGGCGGAGGAGGUGUAGGCGACCGCUCGAUGGACGGCAUGGACGAGAUGGGGGCGUACUUUGAGGGCGAUGGUUCCCGGAACUUUGCUGAUGCUCUCGGAGAGGCCUCUGGAAGCAACCUCAUGAGCGGCCCCAGUACCAGCAAUGCCGCUCCGAUGUCUUCUUCAGCGACGACGGCAGCAUCAGCAACAGUAACCUCGAGCAGCGGCCUGAACGAGGGCGACCUGGUGAAGGUGGACGACACAAAGCUGGUAGUCUCGCGACAGUUCUUUCGCCAGCAGCUCGACGAGGUGGAGGCCGCUGAGGGGCUGCAACGGGAGAAGCUCGCCUCCACAUCAUCUUCCACGGGUGGCGGUGGCCUUCGCCUGAAGCUGAACAUUCCCAAGGAGAUGCUGCUCCAGCAGCAGCAGCAACAACAGCAGGGCCAGCAGCGAAAGCGCCGCCUGCCAACCAGCGCCGCCGACGAGAACCUCGACUACCUGGCAAAGCCGAACUUCAAGCCGGCGAAGCGGCUGCGCACCGACCCGCUGGUCACCCUGUCGCGCCUCCUCGAGGACAUCCUCAAGAAGGUGAUUGAGCUGCCCGACUCGGGGCCCUUCUACCUGCCGGUGAGCGCCAAGGACGUGCCCGACUACUACGCCAUCAUCCAGGAGCCGAUGGACCUGCAGACGAUGCGGGGCAAGGCGCGGGAGAAGCGGUACCGCUCCCGGGAGGACUUUAUCAACGACAUCAACCUGGUGGUGAGGAACUGCGAGCGCUACAAUGGCGUCCUGCUGCCGAUCACGGCCGCUGCCCGGCGGAUGGCCGCCACGGCCGUCGAGCUGAUGGCGGAGCACGAGGCGGAGCUGAUUGAGCUGGAGAAGUCGAUUAACCCGUUGCUGGACACGGAGCGGACCGCCUUCAACUACGUCCUCCAGCAGCUGAUUGCCGGGCAGUUGAAGGCUGUCGAUGAUAAGCGGGUCUUUACCGCACCGGUCAACCGCAAGAAGAUGCCCGGCUACUACGAGGUGGUCCGCCGGCCGAUGGACCUGGAGACGAUGGAGACGAAGGCGGGCGUCCACCGGGCGUACACCAGCCGGGCGGCCUUUCUGCGCGACGUGGAGCUGAUCUACGAGAAUAGCGCCCUCUUCAACGGCCCGGACAGCCCCUACACGGCAAAGGCGGCAGAGAUUGUCGCCGUGGCGAGGGCCGCCAUUGAAGAGAUGUCCGAAAGUCUGGCGAAGCUGGAGGAGAACAUUCGCGAGCGGUCGCCGGCGGAGGAGAUGGACGAGACGUCGAAUCUGGAGGGGGCGGCGGCGGCCCCUGAAACACAGCAAAGUUCUACUAUUGCUGGUGGUGGCGAGCUGGUGCUCAGCGAGGACGAGAUGGGCAUGGAGCUGAUUGAGAAGCUGCAGAAGGUUAAGGAGGAGGCUGAAGGCAGAAAGGGGAUGGGGAUGGCCUCGGUUGGCGAGCAUGAUGAGGAUGAGGCGAUGAUCGACGAGGAGGCCCUGGCGGAGAGGAUGGUCAAGGGCGGCGGCGGUGGAAGAGCUCCUCCUGUGCCUGAAGAUGAGGAGGAGGAGGAGAUGGGCGAGGACUCGGUCUUUGGCGAUGACCACCCUCCCAGAAAUGCCGCCAGACCACCACCUCAGCAGGACAUUGUCGCCGAUGAUCUGCAGAUCACCCCGGAGAACAGUGACGGCGAAGAGGAGGAGGAGGAAGAUAGUGACGGCGGCGGAAUGAGGACGCCACGCCGGCGGCAGCACUCGACGACCAUCUCCAACAUUGCCGAGGGUGAUGAUGCCGCCCAUCAUUGGCCCUCGGAAGUUCAUCAUCAGCACCAUCACCAGGAGGAGGAGGAGGAGAACUUUGACGUCGACUACGAUCCGACAGACGACUUUCUCAAGAGCGCCUUUAUGGCGCAGCCGCCGCCGCCGCAGCAGUCCAGUGGCCUACCUCCUCCUUCAGCAUCGACUGCUGCUUCAACUUCCUUUGCCGGUCAACUCACUGGUGACCUGGAUGAUGACGAUGACGAAGACCGCGGUAGAGACGGUGACGAGGGACCGGUGGACGUGUCCGCCGACCUUGACGUCUCCGACUCUGAUUCGGAUGACGAAGAUUCAGAGGAUGAACGAAGAAGACGGCGGGAGGCGAAUUUGCGCAAUGAGGACGAAGAGCAGAGCAAUGAUGCUGCUGCUGCUGGAGGAGGAGCAGGAGACAACGAUGAUGAUGGGGGUGUCUGGUUUUAA